AUGUCCUACUGUCGAGUGUUCUAUCUGUGCAUAUUGGCCGUUUUUGGUGUGGUUGUCGGCCAACUAGGGCUUGGCGGUAUGUAUGGUAAUCCCUAUGGCAUGGGCAUGGGAAUGGGAGGAAUGGGUGAUUUUGAUUUCAUUCAGUUACUUCUUGUACACCUAAGCUUUGCAGGAAUACCAGGUAUGGGCCUCGGUUACGGCGGCAUGAUGGGCAAUCCUUAUGGAUCCUAUGAUUACAGUCUCCUCGGUCUUGGUGGUGGCGGUUACGGCUACAACCCGAUGUUCUCUGGAAUGCUAGGAAAGAAAUAA